GGCAAAAUGGUCGCACCUGGCCCACGCGCACUAUCCCAGGGACGGGACCCAAACGCACCUGGCGUGGGUGCCUGCUGCCUGGUGGCUCAAGGUCAAGCUGCCGCUAUAAAACGCCCCUGCGCUCCCUGCAGCUGCAGCCUCGCUUGCUGUUGCUGGCCUUGUCGCGAGUAAUUGCCAGCCAUCUUCUGCUAGAGAAAACACACGCCCGCCCCCGUGGUCCGUCUGCUGCCGCGGCCCCGCACAGAAACUCACACCGCAGCUGCAGCUGCAGCCGCGGCCCGCCAGCAACCAGUCCGAUCCCCGCCGCGGCUACCUGCCGGUUCCCCUCUCCCUUCCCGGCGUGCGGCCGCGCGCGUGUUUGAUCGAUCGGAGCCAGACAGAGCGCGGAAACGGCCUGAGAAUUCUGUUGGAGCAGCAGCACUGCCACAGCUAGCAUGGGUCGGGCGCCGUGCUGCGACAAGACGAGUGUGAAGCGGGGGCCGUGGUCGCCCGAGGAGGACGACCUGCUGCGGAGCUACGUCCAGAACCACGGCACCGGCGGCAACUGGAUCGCGCUCCCGCACAAAGCAGGGCUGAACCGGUGCGGCAAGAGCUGCCGGCUGCGGUGGCUCAACUACCUGCGCCCGGACAUCAAGCACGGCGGCUACACGGAGCAGGAGGACCGGAUCAUCUGCUCCCUCUACAACUGCAUCGGGAGCAGGUGGUCCAUCAUCGCGUCCAAGCUGCCGGGGCGGACGGACAACGACGUCAAGAACUACUGGAACACCAAGCUCAAGAAGAAGGCAGUCGCCAUGCAGGAGCAGCAGAAGGAGAAGGAGGAGGAGGAGGAGUACUACCAGCAGCAGCAGCAGCACACCUCAGGCGGCCGCGGCGCCGCUCCCCGGAGCCAGCAAUGCGCCUCCAUGCAGCCCUCGCCCGCGUCCGCCUCGUCCGCGGUCACCACCGCGAGCCCCAGCGACGCGUGCAGCUUCGGGGCCAUGUACCCCUCCCCGACGACGCUGCAGGCUCCGGUGCACGCGCGCUACGACGUCACGGCGCCAGUGCCGCCGGUGCCGCAACAGCAAGCGUCGUCGUCUUCGCUCGCCGAGUUCUCCCCCGCGCCGGCGCCGGCGCCGGCGGCGACACCACCCGCCGCCUCCAUCAUCGGCGGCACCUGCACCUGGGCCGGCGGGCCGCUACUCGACGACAUGUUCCUGCCCGAGCUCCUCGGGGACGUCAGCGAGUUCCCGCCUGGCGACUUCUUCGGCACCGGCGGGUUGGCCCCGCUGCUGCAGGACAGGGCGGCGGCGGCGUCCCUCCAGGAGCUCUCCGCGUUCUACUUUCCCAACGCGCAGGCCGAGAUGUGGGCUGCAGCGGAUCAUCACGUUCAUGCCAAUAACAAGCCUGCGGCCGGACUCUGCCACAGCCUGACAUGACUGCUCUCGAUCAUGCGCAGAGCCGCAGAGGGCUAGCGUGUCUCUCUCUUGCUAGUCGUUCUUGGCUGAUCUCUCCCUGUCCAUCUGUAUGAUCGCUCUCUAAUUCUCUAUGCGAGGUCAUCACAUGUACAUUACUAUUAUCUUAUCACUCUCCAUAUGCAUGGUCUGUGACUAGCACCAUACCAUAGAGAAGUUAUUAGGUUCGGAUCGCCAUUGCUUCGUUCGUAUGGCUUAUGUCUGCACCUUCACAGAAAAAGUGUGGGACAAGAUAAUAAACUGGGCCAACCUCUCAUUCUUACAAGGAACUCAGAAUUUAGGAUCGCUAUAUACAUGGUAGAAAAGUCUGAGGAAUCACAGUAAAGAUACAAGGAAAUUUUUUGAUGGCCUUAUGAUA